AUGUCGAACUCGUUCAGAGUGCACUCAACCAGUGACAAAGAUGUUGAGGCGAAUUCCGAUCACCAAUCAGAGAAACGCUUCGACUACUUGCAAAGAGCGCAAUGGCUCCGAGGAGCUGUGCUUGGAUGCAACGAAGGGAUAAUGACUUCGUCCAUAUUAGUAAUGGGAAUGACUGUACAUAUAGAUACUACCAAGGAUCUGAUUAUCACUGGUCUUGUGGGAUUAAUCGCGGGAGCCUUAGCUAUAGCAACUGCAGAAUUCAUAUCAGUCUACACACAAGUAGACGUCGUCGAGGCUCAAAAUGACCGUGAUCGAAGGAGUGGUCGAGUUGGAAGGGCGCCGGUCCCCAGUCCAACUGAAAUCAGCCUGGCUGCCUCACUGGCAUAUGUGAUAGGAGGGGUUGUUCCAAUACUUACUGCAUUGUUUGUGAGACCCCAAGUGAUGAGAUUUGUUGCGGUGGCGAUUUCGGCUUCUUUUUCGAUGUUAGGGGCGGGUUACUUUGCGGCAUCACUUGGGAAGGCACCGGUGCUGAGAUCUUGUGCGAGAGUGCUGAUGGGAGGAUGGAUUGAAAUCGCGAUUUUGAUAGGGAAGAGAAAGGUUCUCGAGAGUUUUGGGCUCUAG